GAGCACAGGAGGACUAACUUAAAACCAAUAAGUUUGUCGAUCAACCAAUUUUUUAACCUUUUUACUAACCACUAUGACUUCAAUGGUUUAUGAUCUUUCUCUCCAGGAAAUUUUUCUAUGGUCUAAUUAUUUUCUUCUAACGAAUUAAUGGACGUACAAUUGACUAAAUGUUGUUCUUGCAUACCGUUAAAAUCGGGUGUUGUAAUUGCAUCAUCAUUAUGGCUUAUUUAUGGAAUUUUUCAGACUGUAAGUAAUGUAUUAUAUCUCAUUUCACCAAACGAAGGAAUAAAUUUUUAUAAAUAUAUCAGUGCGUGUACUUUUUCAACGAUUAUUUUUUAUGGAUUGAUAACACUCGGUGCAUUAUUUGGAUUGUUCGUUGUAUCUUUAGCAAACACUUAUAAAAUGAUGUCAAUAUAUUCUAAAAUAGCACGAGGGAUUGUAGGACUUGACAUUAUAAGUCAUAUUGUAACAGUUGUCGUUACUGUAUUGUAUAAAUCAUCAAUGUUGGAUGAUUGUAUUGGUCCUGGUGAUAUUACUUCAUCUCGAGCUGAUGCAUGUAAUAAAACGUAUACUUCUUUAUUAACCCUUUCUAUUGCUAUUACUGCUAUUUCAAUCCCUUUAUCAGUGUAUUUUUCUAUUAUAAUUUCUGCGUACGCAUAUAAAAGAAAAAAGAAAGAAAAUCCAGAAUCUAGCGAUGAUGAGCUUGAUGAUUUUUCAUAUGAUUCUCCGAAUGCUUUUGUAACAUCAAAUUCAAAUUUAUGAAAUACUUUGUAAAUUUUUUACCUUUAAUAUAUUAUUUUAUUUAAUAUAUAAUUAUUUUGAACGUAAUGUGUACGGUUAAAUUGCAUUU